CGCAGUAGCCUAUAACUGGAACAUUUUCAGUUGGAUCCUAGUGGUUCAGUUUCUCCGGAUAUACCUGGUUUCAAGAAAAGACCAGUAUUAGAAGACCAGAUACACUGUGUUGCCAUAGUAGUAGACGCUAGCACAGUAGAUGCUGCAGACGCAAUUAAGGAUACGAUACAGAACAUUAAAGAGAUGCAGACUGUGAUGAAUAGUAUGGAUGUUCCCCAGGUAGUCAUAUUGACCUGUAUUGACAAGGUGUGUAAACAGACAAAAAUUGAUGCAUCAAAUGCUUUGAAGAGCAAGCUGAUAGACAGAACUGUUGGAAAGGUUUCGGAGAUGUUAGGCUUGCCACAGCACAAUAUAUUCCCAGUGAAGAAUUACGAGAAAGAGUGUGAACUAGAUCCAAAUAUAGACGUUCUGACUCUACUUGCGUUAAAGGGUAUACUGAAUAACGCUGAUGCCUUCCUUUUCAUGCAUCGAGAUGAAAUAGUGCAGGGUUAUUCAUCGUAGUCAUAGCAAUAGGUCACCAAAAUAAAGAGUUUACAGAUGAAGCACAGCUUCGGAAUAUCGAAAAAAAUGUCUUAAUAUUUUAGAUUUUACGGAUAAUUUAGAAACGAUUCGUUUUAAAUGGUUCGAAAUAAAACAGUGCAUUGCCAUCUACUGUGUUUAUCAUUAUAACUGGAUUCAUACUUUAAACGCAUAUGGAAUUCAAUUGCGACAUUUUGAACAUAACGUCCAAAAAUAUGGAACGUACGUAUUUGGUGGAGGAUUCUUAUUUAAGACAUUUGAACGUCAAAAACAUGGAACCUAUGUCCUUGAUGAAAGAUUUCUUAUCUAAAAUAUUUUGGAAUCAUUUACAGAAUCGGUUAUAUGUUUAUAUUAUGUGUAGUGACAGAGAGUUACUCCCCUUUAUCCGUUACCCUUACGUUUGUUAGUUGCAUCAUUUUGAAAAUAAAUGUAUACACAAAUUUA